GAUGUUGGGGGAGGGAAGGUUGGUCUCCCGCCAGCCCACCGGGGGUAUAAAUGUGCUGCCCGGGACAACUCAGACAGCCGUUGGCUUCUUCUGCCCGCUGCUGCUGGUGCCGCCCGUGGGUGCAUCCUGAAGCGCGUGUUAGCUCUGUCCCAGACGAAUCCCUGAGGAACUCCGAAGAACCAAGAACAUGAGCAAGGAACUGGUAGUAGAAAAAAGCGACUUGGAGUAUGAGAAGAAUGGCAAAAGUCACUGGACUUCUAGCCUGUGCCAGGACAGACUGGUGGUCAGACGGGGCCAGCCAUUCAACAUCACCAUAUAUUUCCAGGGCAGAGGCUUUGAGGCGUCUGUGGACAAACUGUACUUCAUCACAGAGACCGGACCCUGUCCCAGUGAUGCUGCAGGUACCAAGGCCAAAUUCGCCCUCUCUGACACUGUCCAUGAGGGAACCUGGGCAGCCUCUGUGGUGGGCCAAGAAGGCAAUAAGCUACGCCUGACAAUCUCCUCCCCAGCCCAUGCUCCCAUCGGCAUCUACAAACUCUCCAUGGAGGUCGUCACAGGAUCCCACAGUAAUAUCUUCUCCCUCGCCGGCUUUGUGCUCCUCUUCAAUCCCUGGUGCCCAGCGGAUACAGUCUAUGCAGAGAAAGAUGACUUUCGGAAGGAAUAUGUCCUGAAUCAGCAUGGUGUCAUCUUUCAGGGGUCCUGUUCAUUCAUUAUCAUGACCCCAUGGAACUUUGGACAGUUUGACGAUGGGAUCCUAGACAUCUGCAUUGAACUCCUGGACAUGAACCCCAAAUUCAUUAAGGAUCCUGGUCGCGACUGUUCCCGGCGCGGCAGCCCUGUCUACAUCAGUCGGCUCAUCAGUGCCAUGGUCAACUUCAAUGAUGACAAGGGGAUCUUACAUGGGCGCUGGGAUAACAACUACUGUGAUGGAAUCGCCCCCACGACCUGGAUAGGGAGCGUGGACAUCCUGAGGAAGUGGAAGAAGAGUGGGUGUUGCCCAGUGAAAUAUGGCCAGUGCUGGGUAUUUGCUGCUGUGGCUUGCACAGUGAUGCGUUGCCUAGGGAUACCAUCCAGGGUCAUAACCAAUUACUACUCGGCCCAUGAUUCAAACGCUAACCUGGUCAUUGACAUGUACAGAGAUGAGAAAGGCGAGAUGUUAAAGGACAUGAGUGAAAUGAUAUGGAACUACCACUGUUGGGUUGAAGGCUGGAUGGCCCGUCCUGAUCUAAAGUCAGGGUGCGAUGGUUGGCAAGCCAUAGAUCCAACUCCCCAGGAAAAGAGUGAAGGGGUAUACUGUUGUGGCCCAGCUUCAGUCAAAGCCAUCAAGAAUGGUGAAGUGAAUACCAAAUAUGAUGCUCCCUUUGUCUUUGCUGAAAUCAAUGCGGAUGUGGUGGAAUGGAUCAGGAAAAAUGAUGGGAAUGUUCAAAGGCUGCGUACCAGAACUAGUGUGGUAGGCGUAAUGAUCAGUACAAAGGCUAUAGGGAAGGAUGAGAGAGAAGACAUCACUCACCAAUACAAGCAUCCAGAAGGAUCCGAGGAGGAACGGGAUACAUAUAAAAGAGCGAAUCACCUGAACAAGCUGACUUCACAAGAAGGGCAGCCAGGGGAUGAUAGUGUGAUGAUUAAGAUCAAAGUGUCCCCAGACAUGAACAAGGGUAGUGACUUUGACGUCUUUGGUGUGAUCAACAACACUUCAUCAGAAGAGCAAAGCUGCCGGCUACUGAUAGCUGCCCGGACAGUCAGCUACAACGGCAGACUUGGGCCUGAGUGUUGCAGGAAAGACAUGCCCUCUGUGAUCGUAGAACCCUCAUCUGAGAAGAAAAUACCCCUGAGGAUCAUCUACUCACAAUAUCGUGACCACCUGAGAGAGACCAACCUGAUCAAGGUGAAGAUGCUCCUUCAAGUGCAACGGUCCCAGACUUUCCUGUUAGCUGAACGAGACAUCUACCUGCUGAAUCCGGAGAUCAAGAUCAGGAUCCUAGGAGAACCCAAGAAGAAUCGGAAGCUGGUGGCUGAAUUGUCUGUUAAAAACCCUCUCCAAGUUCCCUUGCUUGGCUGUGUCUUUACUGCAGAGGGCACUGGGCUAACUCAGGGGCAGAAGAUAGUUGAGAUCACUGAUCCAGUGGAACCUGGAAGCACUGUCACAGCCCGAAUGGACCUGAUGCCCCAGUGGCCGGGACUACACAAGCUGGUGGUGAACUUCGAAAGUGACAAGAUGAAGGCAGUGAAGGGUCACCGGAAUGUGAUUAUUGGAGAAUAGUUCAACAGAGAAGCUGUUUGUCGGCCAUAGAGGGAUGGGGAGCAAACCCCAAUCUCCCCAUGCCCAUCCCAACCCACACAACUGAGCCUAAUCACACCCCGUAAGACAACUCCCAAGCUGUACCCCAUAAUAACAUGGAAAUUCAAUCAAGAGUCUUUCCCUUCCCCCUAAUGUCCCGGGCCCCAUGGGAAUUCUCUGCAUUGGAAACACUCUAGGUCACACAGGAUUAAAGAUGGUCAACAGCCAUCUUUGGGAGUCAUAAAGUCUGGGUUGCAUCCAUCUGGCCCAUUACCUUUCCUAAAAUCCAGAGCCCCUGAGAAGGUUGAGUUUUUAAUAUUCCCUCAGUCAUAGGGAGGGUCCUUUUCCCAUGAUGCAACAGUACCAUGAUAUUGACAGGGCAGUUCUGACAGUGGCUGGCGACUGUCAAAGAUGUAAUGCCCUGUCCCUGGCCUGCAACUAUUUUUAUGCAGAGACAUAACACCCACCCCUGCCCCAAUAAGGGGUCCCCUUCUUGCACUAUCAGGUCAUGGGUCUAGACUAAGAUGGUCAAUUUCAACCUAUACUCAACCUCUUAUCCUCCAAGCUAGCCUCACCCAGAGAUAUAGGAUACAGUGGGAGGUUUCGACAAGCAAAAAGAUGGCUCCUAGCAUGAGGAGGAAUCAGGGCACUUGAUAUUGGGGACCAGUAGAUGAAUCUGCAUCAUAUUCAAAGAAAUAAAUAAGAUGUAGUGGAAAGAACCCUUUAAGGAGACAAAGCUGCUGUCUUGAAAUAUCCGCAGAGUUGUUACAUGGAAAGUGGUCUUUUUCUGAUUGGCCUCAGAGAGCAGAACUGGGAGAAACUGAUAGAAGCUAUAGAGAGGUAGAUUUCAGCUCAAAAAAAAGACCUCUUUAUAAAUCAGAGCUAAUUCACAAAGGAAUGGAACUUCCCCAAGAGGAAGUUGUUCUUAGAGUUCCAAGAACAGACAGAGCACUUGUCAGGGCUGUUACAAGUAGACCACUGCACUUGGAAAGGAAGCUGGACUCGAACUGAGGCUCCUUCCAAUUUAGGAUUUCUAUGGUUUUAAUCCCAUCUCUGGGCCUCAGUUACCUCCUCUGUUAAAGGAAGUGAUUGGUUUGGAUAGUCUCUUUACCUUGCCCUUCCCACCAAGCUUUGAGACUCUGAGUAGAAAGACAGGGCCAGUGCCUACAAUCCUGUGCUCCAGAGAGCUGAGUUAUUCACCCCAAGUCGGAGGCUGGAGCACAUGUGCCUCAUUCCCAAAGGCAUUAGGCUACCUGCUUGUUAGGUUCCCAAGAACUAUAAGGUGACUGUAAUAUUCAAUUUGCCUUCACACUUCUCUUCACCUUUGGCACUAUGCCUUCAGGUCAGCUUGACUUUGCCAUAUCUUCCUCCUUUCUCCCACCAUUCUCAGGACCUACAUUGGACCUUCUAGGGGCAAAGUCAAGAUUCUUAGGACCCAACCUUUCAUACUAGCUUGUAUUGAUGCUGACCCAAGGCUUGACCCCAGGCCCUCCUCAUUGCACAGCCUCUCAACACAGAUCUGUAGACUUAUAGUGAAGCAGGGAGGAGGGGCCUUCAAAGCUAUAGCUUCUAGGAGAACUUGCACAUCUUUGAUCAAAAUCUAGCAAGCUUGAGGAUGCUGGAGAUAGAACUCUUGUUCAGGUAGGAGUUAGACUACAAGGACUUGAAGAUUCCUUGUAAUACUGAUUCAGGGAUUCUGUGAUAGGAUCUGCCCAAGCUUGUGUGCCAUUGAUAUAGCCUUAAAAAAAUGUAGAGUCAUCUUCAUGAGAAGCAACAUGCCAGAAAAAAGGGACCAAGAGAGUGAGGAGUCCUGAAACCACCUAAAUAUAUGAAUUUAAGUUGAAGGAGCUAGGGAUUUUUAGCCUAGUGAAGACUUGGGGAAGAUGGGAUGAUAGUUGCCUUCAAAUCCUUGAAGGGCUAUCACAAGAAAGAUUAGACUUCUACUUGGUUCCAAAGGGCAGAACUAUAAAGCAAUGGAGGGAAGUUACAAAGAGUCAGAUUUUGAUAUGAGUGAGAAAAAAAAAAAAAGCACAGCUAUACAAAAUAGGAAUGGACUGCCUUAGAAGCACUGGAGUUCUUCAGUAAUCAACCAAUCAACAAGCACCUAUUAAGUGCCUACUCUCUGCCAGGAGCUGUCCUAGGUUCUGGAGAUGCAAGUAAAAAAUGAGAGAGUUCCUGCCCUCAAAGAGUUUACAUUCUAUUGAUGGAUGACCACUUGGGGGUGCCAUGGAGAGGUGUCCUGCUUCAGUUUCAAGCUGUGUCAGACUACCUCUGAGGACCUGUCCAGUAAAUUGGAAUAGAAAAUUCCUGUCCCAGAUCUGAAAAUUCCCUAGUUUAGGGGAAAUACCUGAAAGAUAAAAAAAAUAUUCCUUGCUUCUGUACCAUCUUCAACUUCCAGUUAGCUCCAGGAUAUCAAGCCUCAGAAAGGUAAAAUUUGUAGGGAGAACACAAAAAACAUAUAGGCAUCUGGAGAGAGAGCCUCAUGUAGAGGAAUAAUUCCUGGACUGGAAGUCAGAGGACCUGGAUUCUAGUUCUGGUUCUACCAAAAACAGUUCCCCUUGGCAGUUCAUUUCUCUGGCUUUAGUUACCCAGUCUGUAAAAUGAGAACAAGAAUCCUCUGUAACAUUGCUGUGAACAUCCCAUGAGAGAAUGGCUAUGAAUUCACUGUAAAAACACUGCAAAGCACUAUAUCAGUAUGAAAUGGUGUCUAUCUGGAAAACAGGAGAUGAAGAGUUUUGGAAGCUUUGCUCAUACUUGCUACUACUACUGCUAGGGAAAUAAUCUGGGGUUUUUUUUUUCAAACAAGAUUUUAAAAUGUGAGCAAAAAAUGGUAUUUGAUUCUGUCCAUAGUUUAUAUAAAGCUUUUUCUAGCAGAGCGGGCAGGGGAACUUGCUUUUGAGCCAUUUGUGCCCAUCCCAAUUUGCGGGCACUUGCCAGCUAUUUGGGCAUGUCUGUGUAGUGCAUAUGCUGAAGUAACCAAAAUAAAGAUUUUAUUUUUCA